AUGUCCUUAUUCGGUUCCUCUCCCACAGAAACUGCGCCACUAAACUCCAAGUCUCUAUUCGGCGACGAGCCUGCUCCCAAACAAUCCACAUCAUCUCUCUUUGCCGACGAUGGAGGCGACUCGCCGUGGUCAAUGCCAACUCCCAAGAAGUCGGCGCGGCAGAACCUAGUCAAGAAUCUUCUCCCAGCCACCGACGUGCCGGAGAGCUAUGUGGACGCAUACGAUGCCGUAUUACAUGCCAAUGAAAGGACAGGAGUUGGUAUUGGUUUGGCGGGCAUCAAGCGCCUUCUAGAGAGCAGCAAUCUGAGCGAGCAGGAGCAGACAAAGAUCCUGGGUUUGGUGAUUCCGGGUGGACAGGAAAGUGCCAAUGGCGUCGGCAGGAGCGAGUUCAAUGUUUUGCUCGCUCUCAUUGGAUUGGGCCAGGAGGGCGAAGAAAUCACCCUCGAUGGCGUAGAUGAACGGAGGCGAAAACUGCCAGAGCCCAGAAUUGGCUACUUGGAUCAGCUACGGUCGAGCAGCGCCCGACCGCAGCCGCCCUCCCCCCCAACAGCCAAAGCCACUCCAGUCAGACCGCAAAAGCCUCGAGAAGACUCAUUCGGAAACGACCCAACCUCGGAUCCAUGGGCUAGUCCGUCUAACAGUAGACUACCGCCUCCCUCCACUGCCGCUCAUACUAUGUCUGUCAAUGGGGCCUCGGUCGAGGGUGCUAAGAGCAUCACGAAUGGCAUUGCAAGAACAACAAGUGCUUUCACGACGGGAGGUAGUCAAGGCAGCAGUAAUGGAAGUCCAGCAAAUGAGCGUUCUUCCGAAGGUGGAGGCACUGGUUGGAACAGCUACAAUGGCAAUUCAGGAGGCUUCUCGGAACAGCCCACCCUUGGGGGAGGAUUCGGAGACCCUGGAGACAACCGACAGUCAAAUCGGCAAGAUCAAGAGCCACGAAGUGCGGUCUCUCAAAGUAUCAGUCUGCCACCUGGAACAGGGGAAAGCGUCACGAUAACAACACUGCCAGAAAAGGAGGGAGUGUUCAUGUUCCAGCAUCGAAACUAUGAAGUCAAGGCAGCUCGGAGAGGCAGCAGUGUCGUGAGGCGAUAUAGUGAUUUUGUUUGGUUGCUCGACUGUCUGCAGAAACGAUAUCCUUUCAGGCGCCUACCCUUGUUGCCUCCGAAACGGGUCCAAGUGAAUGGAGCUCAUCUCACCGCAGAUGCAAAUGUCUUUCUGGAGAAACGCAGACGGGGCCUGGUUCGAUUUACCAACUCACUCGUCCAACAUCCUGUUUUGAGUCAAGAAACGCUUGUGGUGAUGUUCCUGACUGUGCCCACGGAGCUCGCAGUCUGGCGAAAGCAAGCUACGAUCUCCGUCCAAGAAGAAUUCACCGGCAAGGCUUUGCCACCAAGUUUGGAGGACAGCUUACCCUCUAACCUUCCGGAUCUUUUUGAUCAAGUACGUACAGGCGUGCGCCGCUCGGCGGAGAUCUAUAUCAAUCUUUGUGUAUGGAUGGAACGUUUGGUCAAGCGAAACGAAGGGCUUGCCCUGGACAGUUUGAAGUUCUCAAACUCACUGUCUCACCUUACCGAAUGCAGCAGCGAUACCUAUGCCAUUGAUCAGAAUGAUGUACCGCUUCUCAAUGAGGGGAUCCAGUCCACAGCAAAACACCUUGCCACAACCCAGACAUUGCUCGAAGACGAGGCCAAAGCUUGGGACACAGGAGUGCUUGAGGACCUGAAAUCGAUCCGCGACAAUUUCGUGUCUAUGCGGGAUAUGUUUGAUCGACGAGAUCGAUAUGCGAGAGACAACAUACCUCAACUUGAGCGACGUAUUGAAGCAUCGGAAAAUAAGUUGCAGCAACUACGGCAAAAGCCACCGGGGCAAGUGAAGCCCGGAGAAAUCGAGAAAGUGGAAAGCAGCAUCAUGUCUGAUAAAGAAAGUAUUGUACAGCAACAUGCCCGCGGAGUCUUCAUCAAGGAAUGUGUGCGGGAUGAGAUUGUGACAUUCCAGACGAGCAUCUACGCUAUCAGCCGCAUGCAUCAAGACUGGAGUCAAGAGCGGGUCAAGUAUGCAGAACUACAGGCCAGCAACUGGCGCAACUUGGUCGACCAACUGGAAAGCAUGCCGGUCGGAGAAUGA